CUGCAUGUAGAGUGGACAACAUUGGAAUAGGUGUGCCAUUUUAAACUGGUAUAUAUAAGAAUUGCCGAACCGUUCAACAGUUUGAUUCUUGUGAUAAAGUGUCCUGACAGGAACAUCUUGAUAUCGCAGAAAAAAUGAAGUGGAUUUGUUUGAUAGUGAUUCUUUUCUCCAACGUCUACGGCAUCAUAAGCCAAAGAUUUGGACCAGCUUCCAUACUUCAGGACAGUAGAUUGGAACCUAAAGUAGAUGGUACUUUCGGGUUCCUCUACCGGACGGAAGAUGGCAUCACCAGUGCAGCUAGGGGAAACCCAGAUGGUAAAAUUCAGGGACGUUUCACCUACACUGAUCCUACAGGUUUGAAGGUGAACUUCAAUUACAAUGCAGGAUCUAGAAGAGCACCAGGUUACAUUACAGACGGUCCAGAAGACGAUGGCACCUACGACCCAAGAAAAUACGAAACGCCUGAUCAAAACCUUGCUCCUCAACCUACCUACCAAAAUCAACCGGCAGCUCCAAGAAAAUACAGCUCUCAAUACAGCGUAGCAGAAGAAGAACCUCAGAGGGCCUACAAUGCACCACCACCAGCUGUCUCAGCAGAUAUCUACCAGCAGAGAAGAUCAAGACCUCCUCCACAGUACAACGACCUUCAAGAUCAACCUAGAGCUCGGUAUAAUCCAAGAUAUUGAGUAGUGUUAUAGAGUCUCAGUUAUAAUUCAUUGUUAAGUUAGUGGUAAUUAAUUAAAUAUAUGUCAAAAUA